AUGUGUGUGGGCUAGAUCCCAGCUGCAGAACCACAGAACGACAUAGACUGGAAGAGUCUUCUAAAAGCCAUCUGGUUCAGCCCCAGAGCAGGACCAGCUCAGAGCAUUUUGCUCAAGGUUUUGCCCUGUUGUGUUUGGAAUAUCUUCAAGGGUGGAAAUUCCAUGGCUUCACCGAGCCUCUCAUCCGACAUUUGGUUAACCUCAGAUUAAAAAUAAAUUUCUGAUGUUAAAACCCGUGAUAUCUCCCAUCAGAUUGCAUUCAAGGUUGCAGGGUUCUGCACCUGGCAGUUUGUGCACAAAGCCAUAAAGGGAAUGUUGCUCAUGACAAACCAAGAAAAGCCUGGCACAAAAAUCAGAAAUAAAAUGUAUCCCCACUGAUGUCAGCAGAUGGACAAAAUGAUACCAAAGAUAAUAAUUCCAGUUCUGUAAAACGAAUUUCCAUAUAUUGUUGAGAAGCUUCAUAGCUAUGACAGAAAUAACAGAUUUGUUUGUAAGGCUACUAUAUUUGGCAAUCAUUUAACAUGCAGUAGAAAUACAAAAUGCUGAUAAAAAUCUGAGAUUGCAGAUAAUUAUUUAAAUUUAAAUGUAAUUUUAUCUGUUGCAAGUGUCCCCUGAUUUCAACAUUUUGUUAUUCAUCUCUGAUUUUUCUUUGCUUGGCUUAAGUUAAAGCAUUGUAGGUGUGGCAGCAGAGGGAGGAAAUGCAGCUGGAUGUCUGACUGUGCCAGAUGAUAUUUACCGGUGCCUUGUUAGAGUGUGUGUGAACUCUGUGUCACCUUCCUUCUGACGUGCUUCCCUCACCAGCUGUGCAUUGAGCAGAGUUUCAUCUACCUUGGUAAGUAAUGCAACCCAGCAGGAAGAGAUUGUAGAAUGAAGUGGUGCUGAGGAACCCUCAUCACACUGUGUGCAUUUCAGAGGUUUUAUGAAGACCAGAUCAUGUUCUGUCUUCUAAUGAGCCACCAUGAUAAACAGUUCUGAAGGAGACAGAAGAAAUCCACCUUCCCUGUGCUUCCCAUCACUUGCUAAUAAUCUUGUUCUUUCUGUACUAUGUGGCAGCAGUCACCCUUCACCGCUGGGCAUUGUGAGAUGGUGAGGCAGUGCCUUUCUGCAGGGUACACAUUGGCUGGCCACUGAAGUCUGUGCUGCUUCAUUACUUCAUUUGUCCCAGCCACUGCCAGUCCAUGGGCCUUUUCUGUAGCUGGUGAAUUGGUGAUUUGAACUACAAUGAUCUCACAACUUUAUAUGACAAUUCCUGAAAACAGACGUUUACAGCCUGGUGCAAUUCCCACCUCAGAAAAGCAGGCACACAGAUUGAGAACAUUGAGGAAGACUUCAGAAAUGGCCUCAAGCUGAUGCUCCUCUUGGAAGUUAUCUCAGGGGAAAGGCUACCGAAGCCAGACAGAGGGAAGAUGCGCUUUCAUAAAAUCGCUAAUGUCAACAAAGCUCUGGAUUACAUCGCCAGCAAAGGAGUGAAACUUGUGUCAAUUGGUGCAGAAGAAAUCGUGGAUGGCAACGUGAAAAUGACACUGGGUAUGAUCUGGACUAUCAUCCUUCGUUUUGCUAUUCAGGAUAUUUCAGUGGAAGAGACCUCUGCCAAAGAAGGGCUGCUGCUGUGGUGUCAAAGAAAAACUGCUCCUUACAGAAAUGUGAACAUUCAGAACUUCCAUCUUAGCUGGAAAGAUGGCCUUGGAUUAUGUGCACUUAUCCACAGACACCGACCUGAUCUUAUUGACUACUCCAAGCUAAAUAAGGAUGACCCCAUAGGGAAUAUCAACCUUGCCAUGGAAAUUGCUGAAAAGCAUUUGGAUAUCCCAAAGAUGCUGGAUGCAGAAGAUGUAGUAAACACUGCCAGACCUGAUGAAAGAGCCAUUAUGACUUAUGUUUCCUGUUACUACCAUGCAUUUGCUGGUGCUCAGAAGGCUGAGACUGCAGCUAACCGGAUCUGUAAGGUGCUUGCUGUGAAUCAGGAAAAUGAGAGGUUGAUGGAAGAGUAUGAGAGACUAGCAAGUGAGCUUUUGGAAUGGAUUCGCCGGACAAUUCCUUGGCUGGAAAACAGGACCCCAGAAAAAACAAUGCAGGCUAUGCAGAAGAAAUUAGAGGAUUUCCGGGACUACCGCCGCAAACACAAACCUCCAAAGGUCCAGGAGAAAUGUCAGCUGGAGAUCAAUUUCAACACCCUGCAGACAAAACUGAGAAUCAGCAAUCGGCCAGCUUUCAUGCCAUCAGAGGGGAAAAUGGUUUCAGAUAUUGCCGGCGCUUGGCAGAGGCUUGAACAAGCUGAGAAAGGCUAUGAAGAGUGGCUGCUGAAUGAAAUACGGCGACUGGAAAGACUUGAACACUUGGCUGAGAAAUUUAGACAGAAGGCUUCCACUCAUGAACAGUGGGCAUAUGGCAAAGAGCAGACCUUGCUUCAGAAGGAUUAUGAGUCUGCCUCUCUGACAGAAGUCCGUGCCAUGUUAAGGAAACAUGAAGCUUUUGAGAGCGAUUUGGCUGCUCACCAGGACAGGGUGGAACAGAUCGCUGCCAUUGCCCAGGAGCUGAAUGAACUGGACUACCACGAUGCUGCAAGUGUCAAUGAUAGAUGUCAAAAGAUAUGUGACCAAUGGGACAGCCUGGGAACACUCACUCAGAAAAGGAGAGAGGCACUGGAGAGGACGGAGAAAUUGCUCGAAACAAUUGAUCAGCUUCACCUGGAGUUUGCGAAAAGAGCUGCUCCUUUCAACAACUGGAUGGAAGGUGCUAUGGAAGAUCUACAGGACAUGUUUAUUGUUCAUAGCAUAGAGGAAAUUCAGAGUUUAAUCUCUGCACACGAUCAAUUUAAAGCUACUUUGCCAGAGGCAGAUGGUGAGCGACAGGCCAUACUGUCAAUCCAGAAUGAAGUUGAAAAAGUCAUCCAGAGUUACAGCAUGAGGAUAAGUGCAACCAAUCCUUACAGCACUGUUACAGUUGAAGAGAUUCGUAGCAAGUGGGAAAAGGUGAAGCAGCUGGUGCCUCAGAGGGAUCAAUCCUUGCAGGAGGAGUUAGCCCGCCAGCACGCCAACGAGCGCCUGCGCCGCCAGUUUGCUGCUCAGGCCAACGUCAUUGGGCCAUGGAUCCAGACCAAGAUGGAGGAAAUUGCCCGCAGUUCUAUUGAAAUGACAGGGCCUUUGGAGGACCAGAUGAAUCAGCUGAAGCAAUAUGAGCACAAUAUCAUUAAUUAUAAACACAAUAUUGACAAACUGGAAGGAGAUCAUCAGCUUAUACAAGAAGCCCUGGUGUUUGACAACAAGCACACCAACUAUACCAUGGAGCACAUCCGUGUUGGAUGGGAGCUCCUGCUUACCACCAUUGCCCGAACUAUCAAUGAGGUUGAGACUCAGAUCCUCACAAGAGAUGCCAAGGGCAUCACCCAGGAACAAAUGAAUGACUUCAGAGCAUCAUUCAAUCACUUUGACAGGGAUGAAUCUGACAAUCUACAGUCUGAUGAAUUUAAAGCCUGCCUCAUCAGUCUAGGACAGGUUGGAAAUGACUUGCAGGGUGAAGCUGAGUUUGCCCGAAUCAUGUCUCUGGUUGACCCCAAUGGCCAAGGAACUGUCACUUUCCAGUCCUUCAUUGACUUCAUGACCAGAGAAACGGCAGACACAGACACGGCUGAGCAAGUGAUAGCUUCCUUCAGAAUCCUGGCUUCAGAUAAGCCUUAUAUCCUGGCAGAUGAGUUGCGUCGAGAGCUGCCUCCUGAGCAGGCUCAGUACUGCAUCAAGAGAAUGCCUCCGUACACCGGCCCGGGCUCUGUUCCUGGCGCUCUGGAUUACACCUCGUUUUCAUCAGCACUGUAUGGAGAGAGCGACCUCUGAUUCAGUAAUUGGCUGUAUUCACAGUAGACACUAAAAAUCCCCACCUUGUUGCCCAGAUUGCUUCUCAAGAGCUUUGACAAGCUGAUUUAAAAACAAGUUUUACAAAUACAGUAGGUACCGUCAGUGUAAAGUGCUAGUAACUGAAGUAACCGGUGUAUAAAAGUGUGCAGCACGCUAGAUACCUGCCUUGUUGGUCUUAGGUUGUCUGUCCUAUGCAAUGCUAGAAAAUCUAUUAAAAAAUUGCAAGAUACUAACUUUGGAAAUAUACAUUCAGAAAACAGAAUGUAAAAUCUAAACACAUUGAAACUCGCAAAAUACUUCUCCAUUUUUGAAAUGUUUUAAUGCCAUAUGCGCUUCUUUUAUGAUGUUCGUAAAACUACAUUUAGAAGUCAUGCUUUUUUUCUUUCAUAGAGCAGUAUUACUUUCCCCAUGAUUUCUGAUUUUGUAUGCUUCUAUUGGUGGAAUUUAAUAAAAUACUAAAAUGCAGAUUUUCAGGGAAGAAAUAUAACAACCACAUAAACUGCUUAAUUACAGAAGUAGUCCAGAAUGCUAUGCUUCUGUCACAAAGAGUUGUAAUAUAAGGAGGAAAAGCUGAUCAAAGUGCAGUUUUAGAGUUCUGUAAGCAGUUGUUUUCUUUUUAGGCCUUUAACUUUUACAGCUGAGGGAAUACAACUUUUAUAGUCAGAAAUAAUAAGGAAGUUAAUUUCAUGUGAACUGUUUUGUUAUGAAACCCUCACUCUUGUCUGUGUCGGGCAGUCUUCGUUUCUCAGUAUAAGAAUGCAUUAUUUUAUGUAUUAGUGGGCAACAUUCAUCUCUAUGCUGCAUAAAGCAAACUCCCAUCUGAGCAAAUGUAGUAUGGUUGUCUUGCAGCUGUGACUGUUCAGUGCUCAAAAUUCAGUUUGUCUUGAGUUCUGCUGCGUUGCAGGCAGUUCUGUCUGUACCUUGCUCCUGUGCGCUAGAUGUUUACUGUUUUUUACCAUCUUGAGAAAUGACAGA